AUGUGCGAGAAAUCAAGAAAUAAUUCCAUUCCGGAGAAAUCACCUUCUGUUGGGGAUCCAACUGAAAACCGUAAAAGAAAACAUGAUUCAACUGAACCAUUAAACCAAACCGAAGUACAAAAACGACCAAAGCGUGACGUGAGACUUCCCUCUUCAUUGCAUGAUUUUUACGUAGAGCCUUCCCGAAAAUCAACCCGUAAACACAAACCCCGUAAAAUUAGAAAAAGUGGAGUUUGCAUGAUGAAUGCAAGUGGUAAUAACUUCAAUGAAGAUAUAUACGACGUAUGUGGUGGUGAUUAUGGUGAACUAGUUGGUUGCGAUGAUUGCCCUGCAACAUUCCAUUUGAGUUGCCUUCAAAUCGAAAAGUUACCUUCCGAACCAUGGUACUGUAUGUACUGUUCUUGCAAAUUUUGUGGAGAGGUCGCUUUUGGUGCACACAUUUGCUGGAUUCGUGAUUGGAUAUGGUCAUGUUGCUUGUGUGAAGACAAAUUCCAUAAAACGUGCGGAGAAGCGAAUUUUGCAAAAAUAGAGUCUGAUGAUCUAGCUUUAUGUGGAAAGACAUGUCAUGAGAUGUAUGAGGCUCUUCAGGCCAUACUUGGAGUCAAAAGUGAAGUUGGGGAAGGAUUUUCAUUCACACUUCUCAAGCAUUUUGAUGUGAGCGAGGAUCUUGAAACUGAUGCCAAAAAGAUCAAAUGCAAUAGCAAAUUGGCUGUUGCACUUUCGGUUAUGAAGGAAUGUUUCCUUCCGAUUGUUGACCCCAGAACCGGAGUUGAUAUGAUCCACAAUUUAGUAUACAACUGCGGGUCAAACUUCAAACGACUGAAUCAUGGUGGUUUCUUCACUGCAAUCAUGGAGAAGGAUGAUGAAGUGAUAUCCGUAGCAUCGAUAAGGGUUCAUGGGAAGAAGCUUGCAGAAAUGCCUUUUAUCGGCACACGUAAAAUCUAUAGGUGGCAAGGAAUGUGUCGCCGCCUACUACAUUCGGUUGAAUCCGUUCUCUCUUUUCUUGGUGUCGAGGAGCUGGUCAUUCCUGCCAAUCCUAAUCUUUUAGGAACAUGGACAACAGUUUUCGGAUUCAAGCCGCUUGAAGAAUCAACAAGGCAGAACAUGAAAUCCAUGAGCAUCGUAGUCUUUCCAGGAACUUAUAUGCUUCAGAAACAUAUUCCCCAAAAACCAGUCCACCAAUAUAUAGGAAGCUUGGAAGAGUUACAGGUAUUUUUUUCUGUCCUUUGA